ACGACACUUGUGCGGCAGCGGCGGCGGCCACCGGGCGCUCCUUCGCGACGGUUCGGCCGGGUGCCGCUGGCGGCCGUUGCCAGGGUAGGGGUCGCUUUGCGGCAUGGCGAUGGCGGAGGGCGAGCGGACUGACUGUGCUGAGCCCCCCCGGGACGAACCCCCGGCUGACGGCGCUCUGAAGCGGGCAGAGGAGCUCAAGACUCAGGCCAAUGACUACUUCAAAGCCAAGGACUACGAGAACGCCAUCAAGUUCUACAGCCAGGCCAUCGAGCUGAACCCCAGCAAUGCCAUCUACUAUGGCAACCGCAGCCUGGCCUACCUGCGCACCGAGUGCUAUGGCUACGCGCUGGGAGACGCCACGCGGGCCAUCGAGCUGGACAAGAAGUACAUCAAAGGUUAUUACCGCCGGGCUGCCAGCAACAUGGCACUGGGCAAGUUCCGGGCCGCGCUGCGAGACUACGAGACGGUGGUCAAGGUGAAGCCCCACGACAAGGAUGCCAAAAUGAAAUACCAGGAGUGCAACAAGAUCGUGAAGCAGAAGGCCUUUGAGCGGGCCAUCGCGGGUGACGAGCACAAGCGCUCCGUGGUGGACUCGCUGGACAUCGAGAGCAUGACCAUUGAGGAUGAGUACAGUGGACCCAAGCUUGAGGACGGCAAAGUGACAAUCACUUUCAUGAAGGAGCUCAUGCAGUGGUAUAAGGACCAGAAGAAACUGCACCGGAAAUGCGCCUACCAGAUUCUGGUACAGGUCAAAGAGGUCCUCUCCAAGCUGAGCACGCUCGUGGAAACCACACUCAAAGAGGUGCGCGUUGUGGGGCAGUGCGGGGAGGGCCAGCAGGGGUGGGCUCUCUGGCUGGGGAGGGGCCACAGAGCUCAGGAACUCACGGAUCCACCUCCCUCUCUCCCUCACACCCCCACCCCUGUGCCUUUCCUCCUGAAUAUCCCAUUUCUGUCCUGGCCUCUUGGUCUCUGUCCCACCCUCUUCGUUUGUGUUCCCUGCUUGUGUCUGUUGCAUGAUUCUUCUCGGUCUACUGUGAACUCUUACCCUUCCCCUCACCUCUGCCCCCUCCCCACGUCUCUCUCUGGGCCCCUCCCUCUCCGGUGGCCUCUUUUCUUUCAGACAGAGAAGAUUACAGUAUGCGGGGACACCCAUGGCCAGUUCUAUGACCUCCUCAACAUAUUCGAGCUCAACGGUUUACCCUCGGAGACCAACCCCUAUAUAUUUAAUGGUGACUUUGUGGACCGAGGCUCCUUCUCUGUAGAAGUGAUCCUCACCCUUUUCGGCUUCAAGCUCCUGUACCCAGAUCACUUUCACCUACUUCGAGGCAACCACGAGACAGACAACAUGAACCAGAUCUACGGUUUCGAGGGUGAGGUGAAGGCCAAGUACACAGCCCAGAUGUACGAGCUCUUUAGCGAGGUGUUCGAGUGGCUCCCGUUGGCCCAGUGCAUCAACGGCAAAGUGCUGAUCAUGCACGGAGGCCUGUUCAGUGAAGACGGCAUCACCCUGGAUGACAUCCGGAAAAUUGAGCGAAAUCGACAACCCCCAGAUUCAGGUCCCAUGUGUGACCUGCUCUGGUCAGAUCCACAGCCGCAGAAUGGGCGCUCGGUCAGCAAGCGGGGCGUGAGCUGUCAGUUUGGGCCUGACGUCACCAAGGCCUUCUUGGAAGAGAACAACCUGGACUACAUCAUCCGCAGCCACGAGGUCAAGGCCGAGGGCUACGAGGUGGCUCACGGAGGCCGCUGUGUCACCGUCUUCUCUGCCCCCAACUACUGUGACCAGAUGGGGAACAAAGCCUCCUACAUCCACCUCCAGGGCUCUGACCUACGGCCUCAGUUCCACCAGUUCACAGCAGUGCCUCAUCCCAAUGUCAAGCCCAUGGCCUAUGCCAACACGCUGCUGCAGCUAGGAAUGAUGUGAGGCGACGGGCGGGGCGGCCUGCACCCCAGGGCCCCUCUACUCCCACCGGACCCGGGCCCCGGGCCAGGGGCAGAGCAGGCCCCGCCCCAGGGCAACGUUGGACCCCCUUUUACUUUGUAAAGUUUGUAUUUAUUCCCCUUUAGGUUUGCAGAGGGGGUAGGGGCAGAGUCAGGGGCUGGCCAGAGGGUCUGCUCCCUGGACAGAGUGGAAGGAGGUGGAGCAGCUGGGGCUGGGGGCACAGCCUGGGCAUUCUGUGGGGAGGCCGUCCUCGGGUCGGGGUGGGGCCGAGUGGCUGCCCUGCCCCCCUCGUUUGCAUGGCUCCUCCCGCACUCAAGCAAUAGGGCCCUGCCAUAGGAAGACCCCCAGAGAGAGGGUCAGCAGGGGGGCCUCGCCUGCACCUCCCCUCCUGUAGCCCCAUGGUGGGGCUAGGCUGGGGCUCACCCCCCUCCCCAGCUAUUUUAUGUCUGUAAUUAAAUAUGUUAAAAUAAAGUCAUUAUCGGAAGUCA